UCUGAAUUGAAGUUUAUCCUUUCGUCCCCAAUCUCGGCUAUAACAGCUCGAACGUCACCAGCAGCUGCUGAGGGGAUGUGGGAUUUUCCAGUAUAACCGCUCCUUCAACAACCCAAGGAGAGUGCGGAUCUCGCUAAACUUCACGCUGUUGGAUAAUCUGUUGGAAUUUAUUGGAAAUCGCUUUCGUUCGACCGGGUUAACAAAAAGAUUAAUUUGUUAUUUCUGAAGUACAGCCGUUUUGCUGAGGAGAUUGAUUGACACAGAUUGAAGGGCUACAGAAUGAGAAGAUGGCAUGUUUCCUCACUCAUCCGGGGCCUGACAGUUUACGCAAAUUCACCAGAGAAUCUUUGGCUGAAAUUGAGAAAAGAAUUACUAAGGAAAAAGCUGAAAAGGCAACAAAACCACCGGUAGAAGAUGAAGAUGACAAACCCCAACCCAAAAGUGAUCUGGAGGCUGGCAAACUCUUGCCAUUUAUUUAUGGAGACCUCCCUUCAAACUUAAUUGCAGAACCUCUGGAAGAAUUAGACCCAUUCUAUAGCUCAAAGAGAACAUUCAUUGUGAUAAACAAGGGGAAUGCCAUUUUUCGGUUCAGUACAACGCCUGCACUGUACUUGCUGAGUCCCUUUCACCCCCUCCGGAGAAUUGCCAUCAAAAUCCUUAUCCAUUCAUUAUUUAGUUUAUUCAUCAUGUUUACAAUUUUAGCAAACUGUGUGUUCAUGACAAUGAGUGAUCCAGCACCUUGGACAAAAAAUGUAGAGUAUGCAUUCACUGGAAUUUAUACCUUUGAAGCAAUGGUAAAGAUAUUUGCUCGUGGAUUUGUCAUUGAUGACUUUACAUUUCUUCGUGAUCCAUGGAACUGGCUGGAUUUUAGUGUCAUCACAAUGGCAUAUGUCACUGAAUUUGUGGAUUUGGGUAAUGUCUCAGCCCUAAGGACAUUUAGAGUGCUCCGGGCACUGAAAACCAUCACAGUUAUUCCAGGGCUAAAAACGAUUGUCGGAGCUCUGAUCCAGUCAGUAAAGAAAUUAUCAGAUGUGAUGAUCCUGACAGUUUUUUGUUUGAGUGUGUUUGCACUUGUUGGCCUACAGCUGUUUAUGGGAAAUUUGAGACACAAAUGUGUGAUAUGGCCACCACCUCCAGAGCUGUUAUAUAAUUACACCUUCACAGAGAGUGGGUCAGGAAUGGACAAUUAUAGCCUGAUCAAUACAGAAUUCGACUUGAAAGCCUACCUAGAAAAUGAAGAUAACCAAUACUUUCUAGAAGGUUCUCCUGAUGCUCUCCUGUGUGGGAAUGGCACAGAUGCUGGGAGGUGUCCUGAUGGUUAUAUGUGUUUUAAGACUGGGAGAAAUCCAAACUAUGGUUACACCAGCUACGAUACCUUUAGUUGGGCAUUUCUGUCACUAUUUCGUCUCAUGACACAAGACUACUGGGAAAAUCUCUUCCAGUUGACUCUCCGUGCUGCUGGAAAAACCUAUAUGAUCUUCUUUGUGGUUAUCAUUUUCAUCGGGUCAUUUUACCUGAUCAACUUGAUUCUGGCAGUGGUGGCAAUGGCUUACGCUGAACAAAAUGAGGCCACACGCCUGGAAGCUGAGGAGAAAGAGAAAGAGUUUCAAGAGAUUUUGGAAAGCAUAAAAAAACACCAAAAAGAACAAGAAGCUCUGUUACAUGCCUCCAAAGAACACUCUGGUAGCCAUUACUCGUUGUCAAGUGACAGAAUGGAGAAGAAAAAUGGCUCUGACAAACAUCUCACUGAGGAUGAGCACGGAGCUAAGGAAAGCGCGGGUCAACGACGGUCGCUAACAAUUCCACAAACCAAACCAUCGGUCAUCAUUACAAUUAAUGGAGUUGUUUCUCAAGAUGGCGAAAGUGGCACAGCACCUAAUGGCAGAGUUGUACCAUCAACUAUUACAAGCAAAGGGAACAGGAAUGAUGACGUAGCUGGUAUGGAUAUUGAAGAUGAGACUUCUGGAUCUAAACGUACCUCCACAUUUCUGGAAGAACCACCACCACCAAUGAGAGCCGGGAGUGUAGCUAGUAUGUACAGCAGUGCCAGGCUGGAUGAGCUGGAAGAAGCACAGCAACGUUGUCCUCCCUGGUGGUAUAAAUUUGCCAAUACAUUUCUAAUCUGGGAUUGCUGCCCGCUGUGGAUAAAAUUCAAAGAAAUCUUGAAGAUUAUUGUGAUGGACCCAUUUGUGGAUCUGGGAAUCACUAUUUGCAUUGUGCUGAACACUCUCUUCAUGGCAAUGGAGCACUAUCCCAUGACUGAAACUUUUGAAAACAUGCUCUCUGUUGGAAAUUUGGUAUUCACAGGGAUUUUCACAGCUGAAAUGGUGUUAAAAUUGAUAGCUCUAGAUCCUUAUUACUACUUUCAAGUUGGUUGGAAUAUAUUUGACAGCAUCAUCGUGACUCUCAGCUUGGUAGAGCUAGGACUGGCUAAUGUGCAAGGAUUAUCAGUGCUUCGUUCAUUCAGAUUGCUGAGAGUUUUCAAACUUGCAAAGUCUUGGCCCACUCUGAACAUGCUGAUCAAGAUCAUUGGGAACUCGGUGGGUGCACUGGGGAAUCUGACACUCGUCCUUGCCAUUAUCGUUUUCAUCUUUGCUGUGGUUGGAAUGCAGCUCUUCGGCAAGAUGUACAAGCAAUGCGUUUGUAAGAUUUCAGAUGAAUGCACCCUCCCACGGUGGCACAUGAAUGACUUCUUUCACUCGUUUCUGAUUGUGUUUCGCAUUCUUUGUGGAGAAUGGAUUGAGACGAUGUGGGAUUGCAUGGAGGUAGCAGGACAACCCAUGUGUCUCAUCGUUUUCAUGUUGGUCAUGGUGAUUGGUAACCUGGUGGUGCUUAACCUCUUCCUGGCCUUGCUGUUGAGCUCCUUCAGUGCAGAUAACCUCUCAGCACCUGAUGACGACUCAGAAAUGAACAAUCUGCAAAUUGCACUCAACAGAAUCACCAGGGCGAUAGAUUUUGUAAAAGGCUUAAUUAUCGGUAUCUUUCGAAGAAAGAAACCUGACCAGGAAGAGAAGCAAUUAGAUGACUUGUCUUCUUCAAAAGCUGGGACACUUGACUUUAACCACACCGACACAGAGACUGGAAAGGAGGAACAUUCUAAACUUGAUGGGGUUACCACCACGAAAGGGAAAUAUCUUCGAGAUAAAGGUGAUCACAUGGGCAUCUUGGCCAAUGCUCACUUGACUGUUCGUGUUCCCAUUGCCAAAGGUGAAUCUGAUUCUGAAGAGGAGGAACAAAGCUCUGAAGUAGACAUUGAGGAUACCAACAUGGAUUUGGAUCUAUUGCCAGUUAAAGAUGAAAUUCCCAUACCUAGUAAAUUGAAUAUAGAGUCAUCCCAGUGCAGUACUGUGGACCUGAAACCUGAGGAGGAAGAGGUAAAGGAGGCUGCAGAAGAAAAUCCUGAGAAUAACGACCCAGAAGAAUGCUUGACAGAAGGCUGUUUGAGAGUCUGUCCUUGUCUUGACAUCAAUAUAAAGAGUGAUCGAGGCAAGAUGUGGUGGAAUCUAAGGAAAACCUGCUUCAGGAUAGUGGAACACAACUGGUUUGAAACAUUCAUCAUCUUUAUGAUCCUGCUGAGCAGUGGCGCCCUGGCAUUUGAAGACAUUUACAUUGAGGACAGGAAAGUGAUUAAGACCCUGCUCGAAUAUGCUGAUCAAGUAUUUACAUAUAUCUUUGUGGUGGAAAUGCUGCUCAAAUGGAUAGCAUAUGGAUUCAAAACAUACUUCACCAAUGCAUGGUGCUGGCUAGACUUCAUGAUUGUUGAUGUAUCUUUGAUCAGCCUGACUGCAAAAAUCCUUGGCUAUGAUGAGUUGGGACCCAUUAAGUCUCUCCGGACCCUGAGGGCCCUGAGACCUCUACGAGCUUUGUCCCGGUUCGAGGGAAUGAGGGUGGUUGUGAAUGCUCUGGUCGGUGCCAUCCCAUCCAUCAUGAAUGUGCUCUUGGUUUGUCUCAUCUUCUGGCUGAUUUUCAGUAUAAUGGGAGUCAACCUGUUUGCUGGAAAGUUUGCCAAAUGCAUAAACACCACAUCCUCAGAGACAUAUCCCAUUGAGAAAAUAAACAACAUGAGUGAUUGCAUGGAUUUCAUCGCAGAACAUCCUGGUGAAGCACGAUGGCUCAACUUGAAGGUCAACUUUGACAAUGUUGGUCAAGGAUAUCUAUCCUUACUCCAAGUGGCAACCUUUAAAGGCUGGAUGGAUAUAAUGUAUGCAGCUGUUGAUUCCCGUGAGAUGGAACAGCAGCCCUCAUAUGAAAUUAAUAAGUAUAUGUACUUGUACUUCGUCAUUUUCAUCAUCUUUGGAGCAUUCUUCACCCUCAAUCUCUUUAUUGGUGUAAUUAUUGACAAUUUCAACCAACAGAAGAAAAAGUUUGGAGGAAAAGAUAUUUUUAUGACAGAAGAGCAGAAGAAAUAUUACAAUGCUAUGAAGAAGCUUGGCUCGAAGAAACCACAAAAACCCAUCCCAAGACCAAAUAAUAAAUGUCAAGGAUUGUUCUUUGAUUUUGUCAGCAAGCAAGCCUUUGAUAUCUUCAUCAUGAUUCUCAUCUGCCUCAACAUGGUAACUAUGAUGAUAGAAACAGAUGACCAAAGUGAAGAAAAAACUGAUAUUCUUUACUGGAUCAACUUGGUGUUUAUUGUUGUGUUUACGAGUGAAUGUGUGCUCAAGAUCAUCGCUUUAAGAUACUAUUACUUCACCAUUGGCUGGAACAUUUUUGACUUUGUUGUGGUGAUUCUUUCAAUUGUGGGUAUUAUGUUGGCAGAUAUAAUAGAGAAGUACUUUGUAUCACCUACUCUGUUCAGAGUUAUUAGAUUGGCCAGGAUUGGUCGGGUCCUGCGACUUAUCAGAGGAGCUAAAGGAAUUCGAACUCUGCUAUUUGCCUUGAUGAUGUCACUUCCUGCUUUGUUCAACAUUGGCCUUUUGCUGUUUCUGGUGAUGUUCAUCUAUUCUAUUUUUGGAAUGUCCAAUUUUGCGUACGUGAAAAAGGAAGUAGGCAUUGAUGACAUAUUCAAUUUUGAAACCUUUGGCAACAGCAUGAUCUGCCUGUUUCAGAUCACCACCUCGGCUGGGUGGGAUGGUCUGCUCUCGCCCAUUAUGAACAGCGGACUCCCUGAUUGUGAUCCUAAUAUAGCUAAUCCAGGGACUGAUGUUAAAGGGAAUUGUGGAAAUCCACCAGUCGGGGUCGUCUUUUUUGUCAGCUACAUCAUCAUUUCCUUUCUGAUUGUGGUGAACAUGUACAUCGCCAUCAUCUUGGAGAACUUCAAUGUGGCCACUGAGGAGAGUGCGGAACCACUUUGCGAGGAUGACUUUGAAAUGUUCUAUGAAGUCUGGGAAAAGUUUGACCCAGAGGCCACGCAAUUUGUCGAGUACGCCAGAUUGUCGGACUUUGUCGACACUCUGCAAGAGCCAUUGCGAAUUGCCAAACCGAAUAAGAUCAAGCUGAUUACCAUGGACUUACCGAUGGUGUCAGGUGACAAGAUCCACUGUCUGGAUAUCCUCUUUGCAUUGACCAAGGAGGUGCUGGGGGAAUCUGGAGAGAUGGACACUCUGAAGGAGUCUAUGGAGGAGAAGUUCAUGGCUGCCAAUCCUUCCAAGGUCUCGUAUGAACCCAUAACCACCACGCUGAGGCGGAAGCAAGAGGAGGUUUGUGCAAUCAAGAUUCAGCGAGCGUUCCGGCGUCACUUGCUGAAACGCUCUGUCAAACAUGCAUCCUAUUUGUACCGCCGGAGUGCGACUGAUGCAAUUCUCCACCAUGAAGAGGCUCCAGAGAAAGAAGGGCUGCUUGCUGCUCGACUGAGUCAAAACUACGGUAUAUACCAGCCUGGCAUAGUAGCUCCACCACCUUUAGCUCUGGAAGAAGCAACAACUCCUAUAGAAGUAUUAGCAACUCCCACAGAAGGGACAACUUCUACAGAUGAAACCACAACUCCUACUGAAGGAGCAACAACUUCUACUGAAGAAGCAGUGACGCCUAUAGAAGGAAUUCCCAUUGACACAGCAGCAACUCCUCAAGAAACACCAGCAACAGAUGCAGCAGCAAUUCACCAAAAAAUGGCAGUUACCCCACUGGAAGCAGCCAUACGCCCCCUAGAAGCUGCAAUUACCCCUCUAGAAGCUUCAGUAAGUGCAGCCAAACCAGAAGACUGGAUUCCUGAAACAAAGGACAUUAGAGAAUCAAUUGUAUAAUUGGGGUUGAAAGUACUUGUAAUGAAACAAGCAUAAAAAACACAGCACAAGGUGCCAAGCUGUCUAGCACUAGUGCCUUCAAGAAUGCUACUCCGUCUCUAGUUUUUGAGCACUGAGAUUGCAGUCUACAAAUGGGAAGUGUAUUGUGCAACUGAUCUUUGCAGUACAAGCCAGGAGGAUCUACAGUACAUUUACAGCCCUUGAGCCAGAGAAAAAUGCCAUCUUUUAAAAAAAAAUCUCUCUAACAUUCUUGACUGUAAUCAACACUAUGACAAAGUACUUAGCUGAAACUGGAAUAUGCAUCUCUGCAGUCUCACAACUAGCCUUGUGUACAAGAGGGUAACAUAGACUGUUGCUGUCCAUAAAGAGAUGUUUUGAUCUAUGUCUCCUUCUUCAGGAAAAUGUGGUUGAUCCUUGUACAGUAAUUGGAUUUAUAUCAGAUCUCCUGAUUUUAAUUAAUGCUGAACGUCAACCAAGGUGGCCUUUUGAUAGUCAUAGAAACAAAAUCAUUAUCACAUGGUGGGUUACCCCAAAGAUCAUU